AGAGGUCAAAGCCCAGCUAUCGCUGAAUUUAACUUGCUCCUUAAAGCAAAUUCUUUGGAAACUUAUGGUGUUGAUCCUCAUCCUUGCAAGGACUCAAUGGGAAUGACUACAUUUUUAGGAUUCACAGCUGCAGGAUUUGUAGUUUUCCAGGGGAAUAAAAGAAUUCAUUUGUUAAAAUGGUCUGAUGUCUAUAAACUGAAAUUUGAAGGGAAGACUUUUUAUGUGUUUGGAGCUCAGAAAGAGAAAAAGGCUGUGCUGUCAUUCCAUACUUCUACACCAGCAGCCUGCAAGCAUCUUUGGAAAUGCGGUGUGGAGAAUCAGGCUUUUUACAAGUAUGCAAAAUCCAGUCAGAUCAAGACCAUGUCCAGCAGCAAGAUAUUUUUUAAAGGCAGUAGAUUUCGAUAUAGUGGAAAAGUAGCCAAAGAGGUUGUGGAGGCAAGUACUAAAAUCCAGAGGGAACCUCCUGAAGUUCACAGAACCAGCGUUACCCAGAGCCGCAGCUCUCCCUCCUUGAACAAGCAACUCAUAAUCAACAUGGAACCUCUACAGCCCCUCCUUCCUUCUCCCUGUGAGGAAGAAGAGGUUCCUUUAGAUGAAGGUAUCCAGCUGCCAAAGGAAGAUGAGAUUUCAAUACCUGUGACGUCAAGCUCCCCAGUUAAGGACACUGGGGAGAAUACUGAUCUUGCCAUUGAACAGGAAGAGAAGAUGAAAGAAGAACCUUUAACCAUCUCAGAACUGGUAUACAAUCCUAGUGCCAGCUUGUUGCCCACCCCUGUUGAUGAUGAGAUUGACAUGCUCUUUGAUUCCUGUCCAAGAGUAGAGAAUGAGAAAGAUGAUACAGAUUCAUUUGAGGAACUGGAAGCAGAUGAAAAUGCAUUUUUGAUUGCAGAAGAGGAAGAACUGAAAGAAGCUCGGAAAGCGCUUAGGUGGAGCUAUGACUUUCUAAUGGGCAACAUAGAGGUGAAUGCCUUUGUGAAGAGUUUCUCCAGACUUCUCCUUGUAGGCCUUGGACUGUUGUUGUUUGUGUUUCCUCUUCUCCUUGUUCUCUUGGAGUCGGACCUUCAAAUCUCUUUUCUCCAUGAAAUCCGUCAGACACCGGAGUUUCAGCAGUUUCAUAUUGAAUAUUACUGCCCUCUUAGGCAAUGGGUAGCUUGCAAAAUAAACUUCAUUCGUGACGUGCUGGGCAGCUUUUAA